AUGGCUGAACUUCCUGCGCAAUCCGCUUCAUCUGGGACGAGGGAGAAGAAGAGGAGGUCGCGUGAAGAGGAGGGCGGCGAGCGAGAUGGCAAGCGGAGAAAGCGGGACUCGGACGCACCGUCGCAGAAGAAACACAAGAAGAAGGAUAACACUGAAGACGCGCAGGCAGAUGAUGCUGAGGCUGCCGCCGACGACGCCGCCGUCGAGGCUGCCCUCUCCACGGUCACGCGACCAGCCGGUGCUAUGCAACCGACGCGGUCUCUCGAGGAGAUUCUCAAUACCUCCGGCGGCGAUUUGAUGGACGUCCUUCAGGCUCUCGACGUCUCUCAACUCGGCGGAGUUAUGAAGGGAUUGAACAGCACUGCAACAGCGUCCAAAGUGCAACUGCAUCCAAUCACGAGCACUAUGCCCACUGGUGCCUCCGCCCCUCGCGCGACCAAGGCAGCUGCGCCCUCCAAACCGAAGAAGGCAACAGGAAGCAGUGAUAAGAAGGGCGCUUCGGGUAUCCGGACCAAGGCUCCUCCCGCAUCGAUCGAAGGUUAUGACGCCUCGAACCCUGCCGAGAUGCUCGCCACUCGUUGGUGGAGGGCUACACAGUUGAAUCAGUUGGCGAAAGAACACGGCUUGGUCUUCAAGAAAGGAAAGUUCACUGCGGCGGAAGAAAGACAAUUGAACUCCGCGAUGGAACUCGCUGCUAAGGAGCGCGGAUGCUCAAUAGAGGGACUUGACGCUGUAAUUUUCCCGAAAUCAGACGAAGAUCGCGACUCGGCCUUUUGGACAGCUCUGGCCCGUGCCGUGCCGCAGCGUCCCCUCAACUCUGUAUAUCAUCACGUACGGCGAAAGCGCAAUCCCCUGGCCGGUCAAGGUAGAUGGACUGAGGCUGAAGACGAUGCUCUCAGGAGCGCUGUGCUCGAACACGGAGAGCAGUGGGAGAAGAAGGUCAGCGCCGUGGUUGGACGUUCCGCUUCCGACUGCCGUGAUCGAUGGCGCAACCAUGUCAAGCACCGCGAUGAACGAACAUCUGGGCAGUGGACGCAAGAAGAAGAGGACAACCUUACGCGUAUCAUCACGGAAUGGAAAGUCGAGAAUGGAAAGGAGGACGAUGAAGACAUACCGUGGACACUUGUAGCGGCAAAGAUGAAACAUGGACGCGGCCGCACUCAGUGUCGUAUGAAGUGGACUGAGAGUCUACGCUUUCGAGUGGCGAAGGUGGAGAAGAGGUGGUCUAAAUCCGACUCAUUCAUUCUUGUACAAAAGAUCGAUUCCCUUGACGUAGAAGAUGAAACCGAGAUCGACUGGAACUCGUUGGCAGACCCUGACUGGAAUAUGCACAGCGGCCACACCAUGCAACGGCGCUGGCGGCAAAUGAAACAGAAGAUCGACGGCCAUGAAAAGAUGUCGCAUAAAGAGGUCAUGGGCGCACUUCUCUCAACCGUGCAGUAUGUACCACCGUCGAAGCCAUCAAAGCCCAUAGCGCAACCGACACCUUCUGCGAUAUCAGAACCGUCCAAACCGCCGAAACCAAGGAAGAGAAAGCUCUCGGCCAGGGGGACAAACUCUCAGACCUUUACCAGCAAGGAGUUCGUGAGCGACUCCGACAUGGACUGA